AUGCUCCUUUUCAAGACCCUCGUCGCGGGCCUUCUGCCCCUCGCAGCGGCGCUGCCCCCGAUCACUCGUACCGGCAAGUACCUGUACGACCAGAACGGAGAGCGCUUCUUCAUCAAGCCCCAGGGACGUCUCGCCGAGCAGACGGCGGACAACGAGGAGCACGGAGGCUUCCCCGAGCCUGACUCCUACAUCGACCCGCUCUCGAGCAAGGACAACUGUACCCGAGACCUUCCCCACCUCCAGGAGCUCGGCGUCAACGCUGUCCGCGUGUACUCCGUCGACCCCUCGAAGAACCACGAUGACUGCAUGAAGCUCUUUGACGACAAUGGAAUCUAUGUUCUCCUCGACCUCUCCCUCCCUGCCAACGGAUCGAUCAACCGUGCUGCCCCCUCCUGGACCACUGCCCUCCUCGAUGAGUACAUGCGUACCAUCGAUGUCUUCAACAAGUACGACAACGUUCUCGCCUACAGCGUUGGAAACGAGGUUGUCAGCCGUGCCGUGAACACUGAUGCCGCUCCCUUCGUCAAGGCUGCCGCCCGUGACAUCAAGGCCUACCUCCGCAGCAUCGGUUCGAACGCUAUGGUCUCGUACUCUGCCGUAGACGGCGACUCGAACUUCCGUGGAGGCGUUGCCGAGUACCUGACCUGCGGCAACGACAGUGUUACGAUUGACCUGUACGGCCUGAACAACUAUGCGUGGUGCGGCUCUUCCUCGGUCACCGCCUCGACCUGGAGCAACAUGGUCGACGACUUCAAGAACGUGCCCGUCGCGACUUACAUGUCCGAGUACGGAUGUAUCGAGGUCAAGCCCCGUCUCUGGCAGGAGGUCGACGCUCUGUACGGUGACACGACGGUCACCGACGUCUUCUCCGGUGGUGUUGCAUUCAGCUACUUCCCCACUAGCGAUGGGUAUGGCAUGGUCGAGUUCGGCGGUGACGGUAAGGACGUCACCGUCAGCACUGACUUCACGAACCUGGCGCAGCACCUGAAGAACGUUACCACCGCCAAGACCCCUGCCCAGUCCGCCGCGCAGACCGGUAGCAUUGAGUGCCCUGCGGACGGCGCCAAGAUCAACGCGAGCUCGAAGCUGCCCCCGACCCCUAACAAGGCCGCGUGCAACUGCGUCAACGACAACGCGCUCUCGUGCCACGUUAUUUCGGCUACCGCCAACGACCCCGCCAAGAUGGGCGCCCUCACCGACUACGCGUGCUCCCUCCUCGGACAGGCGAACACUUCUGUAACUUGCGAGAACAUCAGCGGCAACGGUAGCACCGGUGUCUAUGGUUCGCUCUCGUUCUGCUCGCCCGAGGUCAAGCUCAACUACGCCAUGUCGAGCUUCUGGGAGACUGACCAGAAGGCCACCUCGUGCGACUUUGGCGGCAACGCCACCCUCACCCCCAACACGCCCAACACCCAGGCCUCGUCGGAGGUUGCGGCCAAGUGUCUGGCCAACGCCUCAGCCGUCACCACUCCCUCGGCGACCCAGGGUGGCCCGAGCCAGACCACCGGCGUCGCGCCCACCGCCGUUGUUUCCGGCGGUAAGGAUGCUGGAUCCGACGGUGGUGACAAGAAGGACGACAACAAGAACUCUGGCGCCAACGCCGUCUUCGCUUCGCUCUCCAUGGUUGUCCUCGCCGUCGCCGGUGCUGUCAUUGCCGCCUAA